GGGACAGAGGCAGAGGAGGCAGCCUGAAAAAGGAAACACGACUCGUUUAUCGCGUCAUUCUGGGCUCGGCCGUUGAGCAGGAAACAGCCUUUCCUCUCCAAUUGUCGCCGUCAGAACAAACAGACAUUUUUGUCUUCGCUCAAUGCACCCCUCGGCACAGAACACGCGGAAGCCGGUCAGAAGGAAGAAUGCCUCCUUCGAUGGAAAUAGCCGUCCUGCUCCUCGGCGUCCUGGCUUUGGAGACGCGCAGGAGCGCCAGCGCGCUUCACAUCCAGCAGGCGUUCUCCUCUCCAAACCUCACCAAUAACUUCGUGGUGGACCCUGUGUCUGGAAAGGUCUACCUGGCCACCGUCAACACAGUGUACCAGCUCAACGGGACCCUGAGCGUGGAGGUGGAGAAGAGCACGGGACCGGUGGAGGACAACCUGUUGUGCCAUGCGCCACAGCUGCCUCAGGCUCCAUGUGAGCAUCCCAAAUCCCUCACCGACAACUACAACAAGCUCCUGAAGCUCGAUCGGGAUCAGGGGGUCGUGGUAGUGUGUGGAUCUGUGUACCAGGGGUUCUGUGAGCUGAGGAGGAUGGGGAAUAUUUCAGAAAUAGCGGUGGAGUUCCCACCGCGGGGCGAAAAGACAGUCUUCCCCAGCAUGCUGAACAUCGCCGCCAAUCACCCGAACGCGUCCACAGUGGGGCUCAUCUUCAAGAGCCACGGGGGGAACACCCGACUUUUAGUCGGGGCCACAUACACAGGAGCUGGGACUCAGUUCUUCCCAAAGAACCACAGCAAAGAGGACCUGCGCUUCGAGAACACCCCGGAGAUCGCCAUCCGCUCCUUAAACACCCAGGAUCUAUCCAGGCUCUUCACCUAUGACAUCAAUCCCUCUGAGGAUAAUGUGUUCAAAAUCAAACAGGAGGUCAAAACCAAAAACAAACUUAACUUCGUUCACGCCUUCAUCCAGAAAACUUACUCAUACAUCGCCUUUAACAAUGAUGCCAAAAUGGGACACAAGGAGAGCCAGCCGAACAGCAUCCUGGCGCGGAUAUGUUUGGACAGCGACAGUCCCAGAAAGUCCACCGGGCCGGAGAGCAGGAAGCUCACCGAGUCCUACAUCCAGAUGCCCCUGCAGUGUGGAUCUAACGGGAACAUUUACAACCGCCUGCUGUCCGUGUAUCCCACCACGGUCCCCGCAGAAGGCGGUAGAGACCCGCAGCCUUAUCUGUUUGGAGUGUUCUCCAAGGCGGACGCAAAGUCUGCGCUCUGCGCGUUCAAGUUUGGAGACAUAGAGGAGGAAAUCAGACAGGGGCGCAGGAACUGCUCCAACUCCCCGAGCCGCGACGUCCAGGUGCUGGACAGCGUUAUCCAAGGCUCCGGGGCCGUCUGCGUCCAGAAGGGAAACCUGGUGUUGCAGCCUGAGCAGCUGGACUGCGGCGCCGCCCACCUGCAGCAUCCUCUAGCUCUACGGAGGCCCCUCAGGGCCACUCCCCUCUUUGAGUACUCAUCCCUAAGUUCGGUCUCAGUGGACAGUGUGCACCAGCACACUGUGGUUUUUCUAGGAACCAGUAACGGACGUCUUCAUAAGUUGACCUUCUUGCCAAACAGAACCUUGGCCAGCCAGAGGACCACGAAGCUACCAGCCGCAGAAGCAGUCCACCAUAUCAUGACCUUCGACCCCAACAACAGCAACUUCCUUUAUGUCAUGACCUCUCACCAUAUGCUGCGAGUGAAAGUGGCAGAAUGUGAUCUGUGGACGAGUUGCACUGACUGUUUGGGCGCUGGAGACGCCUACUGUGGCUGGUGCACCCUGGAGAACAGAUGCAGCAUCCAAAACGAGUGUGCCCGAGGUUUGAUGCCACGCUCCUGGAUCAGCAUUGGUCAAGGCCCCCAGCAGUGUCCCUCCAUCACCCUGACUCCCUCAGAGAUCAGCAUCUCUGCAAAAAUCGAGGCUGUUGGCAUUCUAAUAAACGGCAGCAUUCCCGAUCUGAUUGGCUCAAAGGUAGAGUGUGAGUACAAGCCCGGUGUUUCCACCGUUGCCACGGUUUACGGUCUCUCUCAGAUCCAGACUUGUCCCCUGCUCCCAAGAGAAAACUACCAACCCAUACCCCCUGGUACAGAUCACCUGGCUGUUUCUGUGGCGAUAAAGGUGAACGGUACAUCUGUGGUAUCUGGUAGCUUCAUCAUCUACGACUGCGAGAAGACUGGACAAAUUCACCCUAACACUCCAUGCAUGAGCUGCCUGAGCACAGGGUGGAAGUGCUACUGGGACCAGGAGAACCACCUAUGUCUCUCGAGCAAAGAUGAAUCAAAGCUCAACCUUCUUGAAAGUGCCGCUUCCUGCCCCAGCCUGAUUCCCUCCGAUGCUCCUCCAUCCCCAUCAGGAAUGGCCCAAGACUUUACUAUGAACCUGAAAAACAUCCAGAAGAGGGAGAGUCUGGAGUGUGACUUUGGAACAGAAUCGCGCUAUGAGGCCAUAUGGCUGGACAACUCAACUGUCAAGUGCAGUGGGGUGACAUUAUUCACCAAUCAGAGGAGUCAGAUUUACCACCUCAGCCUCAGGAGAGCAGGAGACUUCAGCAGUCAGAGGAAGGAUAUAUUCCUUGACAGCCCUCAGCCCAUGAAAGUGGAGGUCUACAAUUGUGGAGCAGGCAGUUCUGACUGCUCCCAGUGCUGGGGCCGUGAGGACCAGGGACACCUCUGUGGAUGGUGUGAAAACAGCUGCAGGCCCAGGGAUGACUGUCAGCCAAUCACGGAUGUGUGUCCUGCUCCUGAGAUCAACAAGAUCUCCCCCCUGAGGGGUCCUGUUGAAGGAGGUACACUGCUGACCGUACAGGGCAGGAACCUCGGACGAAGGCCGUCAGAACUGAAAGUCUCCAUAGGAGAUGUCCCCUGUGAACUGCUACCUGAGCGCUAUACUGUCUCUGUAGAGCUCGUGUGUCGCACCAGGAGGUCUGAACAUGACAGGACGGAUUCUGUUCGUGUGGAAGUGGAUCAGAGCGGGAUGGGGAUGUCAAAGGAAAGCUUUGCAUACUUGGUCCCCAGUGUGCAGUUCAUAGAUCCAAAGAAUGGUUCUUCUGCUGGAGGAACCAGAGUGACAAUUCAUGGAAAACAUUUAGACAUUGGUUCACAGGUUAGAGUCAAGGUCAACAAAACACAGGAAUGCACCAUCACAGAAAAAACAGAUCAAAUGAUUAAAUGCAUCAUGCCUCCAACCUUGGAGGUGGAUUCUGAGCCGGUGACCGUGUGUGUGGAGUUUGAGGACCAUCCUUGUCAGGAAAUGGAGCUAAGCGAAAUGUACAUCUAUGAGAAGAACCCAACUAUCAGCUCCAUCCACCCAACUAAGAGCUUCCUCAGUGGUGGCAGGACCAUCACAGUUAAAGGUCAAGGGUUUAAUCUGGUUCAGAGUGUCAUCAUGCAUGUUCUGGAAAUAGGGCAAACAAACUGCACCGUGCAAUCCACCUCUACUAUCAUCUGUCUGUCUCCGGAGUCCAGCCAGUCCCAGGAAACAUCUGUGCAGUUUAUAUUGAAUGGGGUCCGCUACACGGGGGACAGCCCCAGCUUCUCUGAUGACAGGACUGUGGAGAAUGACAGAGAGAAUCAUAAAGAGCACUUUCAGUUGGGAUAUGUGGAGGACCCUCAGUUCUUCACCGCCAACAAGGAGAAGCAGAUCAAACACCAUUCAGGAGAGCCGCUGACCCUAAUCAUCAAUAAAGUGCCGAGCGAGCUCGAGCUAGUGCCGGAGGAAUACUUGGUGAUGAUUGGCUCCUAUCCUUGUAACAUCAGCUUCCAUAAUGACCAGCUGUUCCACUGCACCAUCAACGGGCAGCUGAGUUCCAGCGAAAGUGAACUUCCUGUCACCGUGCAAGUGGGGAACUUUCGCCACAUGAUCACCAAAGUGCAGCUUGGCGGCAGCGAGAUGGCCAUCGUGGUGUCCAUUGUGGUGUGCUGUGUGCUGCUGCUGUUGUGCACAGUGGCUCUUGUUGUUUACUGCACAAAGAGCCGGAGAGCUGAACGCUACUGGCAGAAAACUCUUCUCCAAAUGGAAGAGAUGGAGUCCCAGAUCAGAGAUGAGAUCCGGAAAGGCUUUGCAGAGCUGCAAACAGACAUGACAGAUCUGACCAAAGAGCUGAAUCGCAGCCAGGGCAUCCCCUUCUUGGAGUACAAACAGUUUGUCACUCGCACUUUCUUCCCCAAGAUGUGUUCAGAUUAUGAGAACAGCCUGGUUCGUCACAACUACGAGAAUGACUCUCUGGGACCUCGGGCACUGCCAGAGACACACCCGCUGCUUCAGGACUGGCAGGUGAAGGCCAACAACACGACACAACCUAAUGUGGAGGAGGGCAUCACCCUGUUCUCCACUCUGCUUAAUAACAAGCACUUCUUGAUCACUUUCGUCCACGCCUUGGAGCAGCAGAAGGACUUCGCUGUGAGAGACAGAUGCAGCCUGGCAUCCUUGCUCACCAUCGCCCUCCAUGGCAAACUGGAAUAUUAUACCAGCAUCAUGAAAGACCUGCUGGUGGAUCUGAUUGAUGCUUCAGCUUCUAAGAACCCCAAACUGAUGCUGCGGCGCACAGAGUCCGUCGUGGAGAAGAUGCUGACCAACUGGAUGUCCAUCUGUAUGUUCAGCUACCUGAAAGAAACGGUGGGCGAGCCUUUUUUCCUGCUUCUUUGUGCAAUCAAGCAGCAGAUCAACAAGGGCUCAAUAGACGUCCUCACAGGGAAAGCCCGCUACACCCUCAACGAGGAGUGGCUUCUCCGUGAGAACAUUGAGGCCAAGCCACAGAACAUCAACGUGUCCUUCCAGGGCUGUGGCAUGGACUCGCUGUCAGUCAGGGUCAUGAACACUGACACGAUCUGCCAAGUUAAAGAAAAAAUUAUUGAAGCCUUUUAUAAAAACCUGCCUUUCUCUCAGUGGCCUCGAGCGGAGGAUGUGGACCUGGAGUGGUUUGACUCAGGGAGCAACAGCAAGCUCCUGCAGGAUCUGGACAACUCCUCAGUGAUGGAGGAUGGUCGAAAGAAACUCAACACAGUCUUCCAUUACCAGAUCCCUGAGGGUGCUUCGCUGGCCAUGAGCAUGAAAGACAAGAAAGAAUGCACCCUGGAGAGAGUUAAGGAUCUGGACACAGAGAAAUAUGUGCACUUGGUUUUACCUCAUGAUGAGCUAAUAGAGACCAAGAAGUCACACAGACACAGCCAUCGCAAGAAAGUGCUGCCGGAAAUCUAUCUGACCCGCCUUCUAUCUACAAAGGGAACUCUUCAGAAGUUCCUCGAUGACCUCUUCCUGGCAAUCCUCAGCAUCCCUCCAGACCGUCCACCUCUGGCCAUCAAAUACUUUUUCGACUUCCUUGAGGAGCAAGCUGACAAACGCGGCAUCACAGACCCAGACACCCUGCACAUCUGGAAAACAAAUAGCUUACCUCUGCGUUUCUGGGUGAACAUCCUGAAGAACCCCCAGUUUGUUUUUGAUAUUGAUAAGACGGAUCACAUGGACGCCUGUCUGUCUGUCAUCGCCCAGGCUUUCAUUGAUGCCUGCUCCAUUUCUGAUCUGCAGCUAGGAAAGGAUUCACCAACUAACAAGCUGCUGUAUGCCAAGGAAAUCCCUGAGUACAAGAAGAGAGUACAGUGCUACUACAAGCAGAUCCAAGAAAUGCCCCCUCUCAGUGAGCAGGAGAUGAAUGCUCACCUCGCUGAGGAGUCAAGAAAAUACAGAAAUGAGUUUAACACCCAUCUGGCCUUGACAGAAAUCUACAAAUAUGCCAAGAGAUACAGAAACCAGGUGGUGAACGCUCUGGAGGCCAACCCUACUGCACGUCGCACACAGCUGCACCACAAGUUCGAGCAGGUCAUUGCUCUUGUGGAGGACAACAUCUACGAGUGCUGCAGUGAAGCUUAAAGCUGUCAAUCUCCUCUGCUCCCCACCACUCUUCUUCUGCCAGCUGCCCUCCUCCAAACUACACGGUUUCCAGAGAACGCCACUGAGGAGGAACUGCUCAUGUAUCUCUCUCCAACUGACUGUUGCAAGAGUGAAAACGGAUUUUAAUGCUGCCUCUCAAGCGUCAUACGCUCACAAUGCGUUUCCUAAUCUUUUCCCACAACGCAACACAGAAUUCCAGCCUAGUUCUGAUUUACCUUAGAAGGAAUUUGCAGGAGUUCAAAGCGGCAAUUUCUGCACAAUUAGCCCUGGUGGCCACCUUUAACGCACUGAGCCCUUUUUUUGAAGGGAAGGAGCCUAAGAUGCACUGUACUGUAAUAUAAUGUCUAUAGCAAUAUUUAUAGAUGUGUUAUAAUGCUUUCAAGUGGCCUGUCCAUCAGGAUUAGCAGUGCCACAAUGGACUCCUCCCAUCUCCUAAAGCCUGCAACGAUCUCAGGUCUGGCUGAAGAUGGGCAACAGACUCCCAUUGGUGCUUUGAACAUUACGUCCCAAUGUGCUCUGCAGGCUGAUGACAGGUUGACAAGGAGCAGAGGGAAGGCCAUAAAAGACUGCCAACAACUAAUUCAGAUGUUUUAAUGUAGCUCACUGGGAAGAGCUGCAUCAGUAUAAUCAGUGUGCUUGUGAAUGGAUGUAAGAAUCUGAUCGAUUUAAAGAGGGAUAUUUACAUUUAAAGGACAAAAAUGUGUGAGCUCAAUAUAAUCUGAGGAGAGACUGUAAUCGUGAUGCCAAAUUAUUUGUUUGUGAAAUAAAUUGCAGGAAAUUAAGUAUUUUAA